AUGGGGAAAGACAGACUACCUUGUUCAUGUCCCAUGCUCUUUCUCCUUGUCCUGUUUUCUGCCAGCCCCUCAGACUCGGCAGAACCGCAGUAUAUGGUGCUGGUCCCCUCCCUGCUCCACACGGGGACCCCUGAGAAGGGCUGCCUCCUUCUGAGCCACCUGAAUGAGACAGUGACUGUAAGCGCUUCCCUGGCGUCGGUCAGGGAGAACCGGAGCCUCUUGAAUCUCUUCACCCACCUGGUGGCAGAGAAAGACUUAUUCCACUUCAUUGUUCUUUAGCUGCCAAGGAUCUCAGCUUCUUCAGAGGUGGUGUUCCUCACUGUCCAGAUAAAGGGACCAACACAGGACUUCAGGAAGAGGAACACAGUGCUGGUAAAGAACGCUGAAAGUCUGGUCUUUGUCCAGAAGGACAUACCCAUCUAUAAACCAGGACAGACAGUAAAAUUCCGUGUUGUUUCUGUGGAUGAAAAUUUUCACCCCCUGAAUGAACUGAUUCCACUGGUAUAUCUUGAGGACCCAAAAAGAAAUCGAACUGGACAAUGGCAGAGUCUCCAGUUGGAGCAUGGCCUCCAAGAGCUGGCCUUUCCCCUCUCAUCAGAACCCCUUCAGGGCUCCUACAAGGUGGUGGUGCAGAAGGAAGCAGGUGGAAGAAUAGAGCACCCCUUCGCUGUGGAGGAAUUUGUGCUUCCCAAGUUUGAGGUCAAAGUUCAGGUGCCAAAAAUAAUCAGUAUCCUGGAUGAAAAAGUGAACAUAUCAGUAUGUGGGAUAUACACCUACGGGAAACCUGUCCCAGGACUUGCAACUGUGAGCAUGUGCAGAAAAUUACUUUAUGCUCCUAAUUGUCAAAAACAAGAGUUCUGUGAAGAAUUCAACCAACAGCUCAGCAGCAGCGGCUGCAUCACCCACGAAGUAAAAACCAACUUGCUCCAGAUUAAAAAUGCAGGUUAUGAAAUGAAACUUAGAGUGGAAGCCAAGAUCAAAGAAGAGGGAACAGAUGUCGUAUUCACUGGAAAUGGAACCAGUGAAAUUACAAACAUUGCCACCAGACUCAAGUUCCUGAAAGUGGAUUCACACUUUAGACGAGGUGUCCCCUUCUUCGGACAGGUGCUCCUGGUGGAUAGGAAAGGUGUGCCCAUCCCCAACAAACUCAUCUUCAUCUCCUCCAAGGAAGCCCAUUACCUUCACAAUGCAACUACCAAUGAGCAGGGUCUUGUACAGUUUUCAAUCAAUACCACCAGUAUCUUGGCUAACAAAUUUUAUAUCAUGGUGCACCACGUGCAACCCAACUUCUGUUUUCACCAUGUGUGGGCACGGGAAGAACACCAGGGAGCUCAGCACGUCGCAAGUCACGUUUUCUCCUUAAGCGGGAGUUACGUUCACUUGGAGCCUGUGGCUGGUACUCUGCCCUGUGGCCAAACUCAUAUCACGCAGGUGCACCACAUACUCAGUGGGCAGGCCGCUGGGGAGAUCAAGGAGCUCCUUUUCUAUUACCUGAUCAUGGCUAAGGGAGACAUCAUCAGAUCCGGAACAUACACCCUGCCCAUCCUGCCAGGGGACAUGAGAGAGAGUUUUUCCUUAUCCUUCCCUGUGGAGUCAGACAUUGCUCCCAUUGCACGACUGUUCAUCUUCACCAUUUUACCAGAUGGAGAAGUGAUUGGAGACUCAGAGAGAUUUGAGAUUGAAAACUGUCUAGCCAACAAGGUGGGUUUGCACUUCAACCCAGCACGCAGCCUCCCCGCCUCGCCCGCCCACCUGCGCGUCACAGCCUCCCCUGGCUCCCUCUGCGCCCUGCGCGCAGUGGACCAAAGCGUGCUGCUCCUGCGGCCCGAGGCUGAGCUCUCGGCGGCCCGGGUAUAUAGUCUUCUGACUAUGAAGGAUCUCAUUGAUUUCCCUGAAAAUUUAGACCAGCAGGAGGAAGAACAAGCCAGCUGUACCCAUCCUUAUCUCAUCCACAAUGGGGCCAUCUAUACUCCCUUAGCAAGUCAUGAUGAAGAAGAUAUAUAUAGCCUCCUAAAGGGUAUGGGAUUAAAGGUGUUCACCAACUCUAAAAUCCAAAAAAUGCAUUCAUGCUCAGUUACUGAUCUACCUGCAGAAACGGGAGGACAAAUAUGGCAUGGAGGUGGAGGAAUGGCAAGGAGUUCAUAUGCUCCUCAAUUCGACAUGUAUGGUAUAACAGCUGCAAAUAACAUACAAAGUCCAGAGCCAAUCUCUGAAACUGUGAGAACUUAUUUUCCUGAGACCUGGAUCUGGGAAUUGGUGGUGGUGGACUCCUCAGGUGUGGCGAAAGUCAGAGUAACAGUCCCUGAUACCAUCACUGAGUGGAACACAGGGGCUCUCUGCCUUUCCAAUAACACCAGACUUGGUCUAUCUCCGACUGCCUCUCUCCAAGCCUUCCAGCCCUUCUUUGUGGAACUCACAAUGCCCUACUCUGUGAUCCACGGAGAGGCCUUCACACUCAAGGCCACUGUCCUAAACUACCUUCCCAAAUGCAUCCAGGUCAGCGUACAACUGAAAAACUCUUCAGCCUUCCUUCAAUCCGAAAAUGAAAAGGGAAAAGAAUCCUAUUGCAUCUGUGCAAAUGAGAGACAAACUUUGUCUUGGACAAUAACUCCUAAAACUCUAGGGAAUGUGAACUUCUCGGUGAGCACAGAGGCAGUGCACCCUCUUGAGCUGUGUGGAAAUGAGGUUGCUGACGUCCCUGAGAUUGGGAGGAAAGACACCAUCAUCAAGACCUUGUUGGUGGAGCCUGAAGGUAUUGAGCAAGAAAAGACUUUCACCUCUAUGACCUGUGCUUCAGGUACUGAAAUAUCUGAGCAGUUAUCCCUGAAGCUCCCUGCAAAUGUGGUCAGAGAAUCUGCCAGAGCCUCUUUCUCAGUUUUGGGUGACAUACUAGGUUCUGCUAUGCAAAAUAUACAGAAUCUCCUCCACAUGCCCUACGGCUGUGGAGAACAGAACAUGGUCCUCUUUGCUCCUAAUAUCUAUGUCUUGAACUAUCUGAAUGAAACUCAACAGUUGACUCCAGAGAUCAAGUCCAAGGCCAUUAGCUAUCUCAUCAGUGGUUACCAGAGACAGCUGAACUACAAACACCAGGAUGGUUCCUAUAGCACCUUUGGGGAGCAAUACAGCAGGAAUCAGGGCAACACUUGGCUCACGGCCUUCGUAUUGAAGACUUUCGCCCAGGCUCGAACCUACAUCUUCAUCGAUGAAGCACACAUUACCCAAGCCCUCGCCUGGCUCUCCCGAAAGCAGAAGGACAAUGGCUGUUUCAGGAGCUCUGGGUCACUGCUCAACAAUGCCCUUACGGGAGGAGUAGACGAUGAAGUGACCCUCUCUGCCUAUGUUACUGUUGCCUUUCUGGAGAUUCCUCUUCCAGUCACCCACCCUGUUAUUCGCAGUGCCCUGUUCUGCCUUGAGUCUGCCUGGAACACAGCAAAGGAGGGCACCCAUGGGAGCCAUCGCUACACCAAGGCACUGCUGGCCUAUGCGUUUGCCCUAGCAGGAAACCAAGAUAGAAAGAGAGAAAUACUGAGCGCUCUUGCUGAGGAAGCUGUGAAAGAAGACAACUCAGUCCACUGGGAGCGAACUCAGAAACCCAGGGCAGCAGUGGGGUCUUUUAAGCAGCCCCGGGCUCCCUCCGCGGAGGUGGAGAUGACGUCCUACGUGCUCCUCACUUACCUCACGGCCCAGCGCCCGGCCCCAGAGGACCUGACCUCUGGAACGCACACUGUGAAGUGGAUCACAAAGCAACAGAAUUCCCAUGGGGGCUUCUCCUCCACCCACGACACAGUGGUGGCUCUCCAUGCCCUGUCCAGAUACGGAGCAGCCACUUUCACCAGGACUGGGAAGGCUGCACAGGUGACCAUUCAGAGGUCACGCACCGUUUCCCAAAACUUCCAAGUGGACAGCAGCAGCCGCCUGCUGCUACAGCAGAUCCCGUUGCCAGAGCUGCCCGGGGAAUACAGCGUAACAGUGACUGGGGAGGGAUGCGUAUAUCUUCAGACGUCCAUGAAAUACAAUAUUCUUCCCGAGAAGGAGGACUCCCCAUUUGCUCUGAAGGUGUGGACUCUGCCCCAAACUUGUGAUGGACCCAAGGCCCACACCGGCUUCCAGGUCUCACUGAAUGUCAGUUACACAGGGAGCCACCCAGUCUCCAAUAUGGUGAUUGUUGAUGUAAAGAUGGUAUCUGGUUUUAUUCCCUUGAAACCAACAGUAAAAAUGCUUGAAAGAUGUAGCCAUGUGAGCAGGACAGAUAUGAGCAAUAACCACGUCCUCGUUUACAUGGAACAGGUGACAAAUCAGACACUAAGCUUUUCCUUCAUGGUUCUGCAAGACAUUCCAGUAAGAGAUCUAAAGCCAGCAACUAUUAAAGUCUACGAUUACUAUGAGACAGACGAGACUGCUGUUGCUGCGUACUCCGCCCCCUGCAGCGUAGAUGCAGAGCAUGGAAAUGCUUGAGGACUAUAUUUAGGCCAAGUAUUUUGCUGGGUUCCCUGUCCUAUACUUCCAUUUAGAAGGAAUGGAGUUGUUUUGCUCUGUAAAACUGACA